ACUUCUAGACUGGGGGCGGGAUUUCCAGUUGGGAUCGUGAGACAGCACAGUUGAGAUGUAGAUCCCUGGCUGUCACUAGAAGUGAGGGACAAUCUAAUGGAGGAGUGCCCAGGACCAGAUCAUAUAAGGCCUAGGAGUUACUGGGAGCCAGGAAUGUAGUGAUUGUGUUCCUUUGCCGCGGGCAACUAGGGGCAGUGGUGAUGUGGGCGUCUAGCUCGUGAUCAAGAGGGGGCUGUAGUUAAUGAGAUGAGUAGUUACAACUACUCGUGACGUGGCGCUACAUGGUCCCGGAGGCUUGAGUCACGGGCGGGAAGUAGGGACCUGGAACAGGGUACCACAUACAGCCCCAAAUGCGGCGCGCUCUCGCUCUGCGCAAGCGCAGCACCCGCGAACCAAGACGCUUCUGUUGGGGGCAGGUCAAGCGGCCCGGGAAGGGCGGGGCUUGAAGGCAUCGUUCUGCGCAUGCGCCUAAGGGGCGUGGCGGUCGCACCUGCGCGAGUUGGGGGAAGGAGGAGGGGCGAGGUGACGCAGGCGUAAUAAUAGAGAAGGUGCCAGAAAGAUCCAAAACAAGUGGCUGCGGCCGUCGCCCAGGAGUCACCGGACGCCAGAAUCUGGCCGGGUUCUGAGCUUGUUCCGCCUCCCUCCCCCGGGAAUGGCGCUAUCCGGGUCGACCCCGGCCCCGUGCUGGGAGGAGGAUGAGUGCCUGGACUACUACGGGAUGCUGUCGCUUCACCGUAUGUUCGAGGUGGUGGGCGGGCAACUGACCGAGUGCGAGCUGGAGCUCCUGGCCUUUCUGCUGGAUGAGGCUCCUGGUGCCGCCGGCGGCUUAGCCCGGGCCCGCAGCGGCCUAGAGCUCCUGCUGGAGCUGGAGCGCCGCGGGCAGUGCGACGAGAGCAACCUGCGGCUGCUGGGGCAACUCCUGCGCGUGCUGGCCCGCCACGACCUGCUGCCGCACCUGGCGCGCAAGCGGCGCCGGCCAGUGUCUCCAGAACGCUAUAGCUAUGGCACCUCCAGCUCUUCAAAGAGGACAGAGGGUAGCUGCCGUCGCCGUCGGCAGUCAAGCAGUUCUGCAAAUUCUCAGCAGGGUCAGUGGGAGACAGGCUCCCCCCCAACUAAGCGGCAGCGGCGGAGUCGAGGCCGGCCUAGUGGUGGUGCCAGACGGCGGCGGAGAGGGGCUCCAGCCGCACCCCAGCAGCAGCCAGAGCCCGCCAGACCUUCCUCCGAAGGCAAAGUGACCUGUGACAUCCGGCUCCGGGUUCGAGCGGAGUACUGCGAGCAUGGGCCAGCCUUGGAGCAGGGCGUGGCAUCCCGGCGGCCCCAGGCGCUGGCUCGGCAGCUGGAUGUGUUUGGUCAGGCCACCGCGGUGCUGCGCUCAAGGGACCUGGGCUCCGUGGUUUGUGACAUCAAGUUCUCAGAGCUCUCUUAUCUGGACGCCUUCUGGGGUGACUACCUGAGUGGCGCCCUGCUGCAGGCCCUGCGGGGCGUGUUCCUGACUGAGGCCCUGCGAGAGGCUGUGGGCCGGGAGGCUGUUCGCCUGCUGGUCAGUGUGGAUGAGGCUGACUAUGAGGCUGGCCGGCGCCGCCUGUUGCUGAUGGAGGAGGAAGGGGGGCGGCGCCCGACAGAGGCCUCCUGAUCCAGGACUGGCAGGACUGAUCCCACCUCUGAGUCUCUGGGCCACCUUCUCCUGGGAAGACGACCAUCUCUACCCCUAGAGGACUGUCACUCCAGCAUCUCUGAGGACUUCAACAGGACCAGGACAGCAGGCCCCUUGACAGCCCCUCCCACAGGAUGUGGGCUCUGAGGCCUAAACCAUUUCCAGCUGAGUUUCCUUCCCAAACUCCUCCUACCCCCAGGUGUGCUCCCUUAGCCUCUGGAGGCAGGGGCUGGGCCUGUAUCUCAGAAGGGAGGGGCACAGCCACACACUCACCUAAAGGCCCCUGCACAUUGUAUCUCUGAUCUUGGGCUGUCUGCACGCUCACAGGUGCACACACUUGCUCAUGCUCACACUGCCCCUGCUGAGAUCUUCCCUGGGCCUCUGCCCUGGCCUGCUUCCCAGCACACACUUUGGCCUAAGGGCUUCUCUCUCAGGACCUCUAAUUUGACCACACCCAACCUGGGCUUCAGCCACACCAGUGGGCACUGGAGCUGGGGUGCACAUGGGGCCUGCUCACCUUGCCCACACAUCUCCAGCCAGCCAGGGCCCUGCCCAGCUUCAAUUUACAGACCUGACUCUCCUCACCUUCCCCCUGCUGCCCAGAGCUGGACAUAGACUUGCACUUGGACUGUCACCUGGAGUGUCACAUGGGAGUGUUGUGGCAGCAUCAGACCAAGGCCUACUGUUGCACAUGGGGCCAAAACCAGUAUACAGCUGCCUUCUUAGAAAGGGAAUGCAAAGGCUUUGGGGGUAAUGGAAAAGACCUUUUACAAAUGAUACCAAUUAAACUGCCCUGGAAAGGGCAUAGGUGGGCA